AUGGUUGGUGCAACUGAGAACCUAGCUUUUACUUUUGAUAACUUAAACUUAAAUAUCCACACAGUACUAGUGACUACUGUAGUGGGUAAUACAUAUUUGGAAGUUUGGAGUCACUGUUUAAAUGAGCAAAGAAAGAGUGAAUUAAAAACAGGUGAUGCUGAUAAAAACAAGAUUUUUGUUCAUAAGUUUGCCCAGUGUCACAUAUUGGGAAAAGAAGAGGAACACAAUACUGAGACAAAUCUCCAUAGUCUGUUUGGGCAGAAGACAGGUCGGGCCAUUGGGUUGUCUUACACAGAUGACAAGAACAAAGGCAUCACUUGGGGAGAAGAGACACUAAUGGGAUAUCUGGAGAAUCCACAGAAGUACAUGCCUGAAACAAGAGUCAUCUUCAUUGGUGCUAAGGAGAAGGGAGGAAGAAAGGACUUGAUAGAUUACCUCAGAAAAACUACUAAUGAGAAAUACCCACUGCUUCAUUUAUUAAAAAAGAUCUCAUUGCUUUUUAGUAAAUAUCAUAUUUGA